UGACUUCCUCGCUUGCUUCCUCCAUUUCCAUUACGGUAACCCCAGUCCCCCUUGUCGAGUCUGCUAUGCGCUGACACUCCCUCCGCCCCCACCAAUGCCAGCCCUUCACGUGACCCGCCCACUGUGCCUUGAACUUCUGACUUCAUCCACGCCUCUCCCACUCUUUGCACAUUCAGUGUCGACUUUUUUACGUUGCGUCGAUCUCAGCGGAACCUGCUAGCCCCCGACCGCUGUCAACCACAGAACAACACAAACCUAGACUGAACCCAGCCGAAGCGGCCACCUCUUCGUCUCGGAAGUUUUCCACUUCAAUCCAUCAACUUUUCCUUAGUCGCACAACCGAUUACCCCGCCAAGAUGCCUCCGAAGAAGAAUGACAAGGGCGCCGCCAAGAAGCCGGCGGCCGGUAAGGCCCUCGAGGACAAAACCUUUGGUAUGAAGAACAAGAAAGGAGGCGCGGCACAGAAGCAGAUUGCCCAGCUGCACUCGUCGAUGAAGAACGGCGGCAGCGCUGAGCAGAAGCGUAAAGAGGCAGAGAAGGCGCAAAGGGAGAGAGAGAAGAAGGCAGCGGAAGAUGCCAAGAGGGAGACCGAGCUGCUCCUGAACAAGCCCGCCCAGAUUCAAAAGGUGCCUUUCGGUGUCGAUCCCAAGACCGUCGUCUGCAUCUUCUUCAAAAAGGGCAACUGUGAGAAAGGCAAGAAGUGCAAGUUUUCCCACAAUCUCGAAGAUGAACGAAAGACGGAAAAGAAGAACUUGUAUACGGAUACCCGCAAGGAAGAGGAGGAGAAGAAGAAGGCCGAGACAUCUGCCGACUGGGACGAGGAGAAGCUCCGUUCGGUUGUCCUUUCCAAGAAGGGCAACCAACAAACCACUACCGACAAGGUCUGCAAGUUCUUUGUCGAGGCCAUCGAGGACGGCAAGUACGGAUGGUUCUGGGUCUGUCCAAACGGAGGCGACAAGUGCAAAUAUAAGCAUGCUUUGCCACCGGGAUUCAUUCUCAAGACCAAGGAACAACGAGCCGCCGAGAAGGCCUUGUUGGACAAGUCUCCCCUCAAGACCCUCACACUCGAAGACUUCCUCGAGUCCGAACGACACAAACUUACUGGAACCCUCACACCAGUCACCCCCGAGUCAUUCGCCAAGUGGAAGAAGGAACGCUUGGACAAGAAAGCUGCCGAGGAGCAGGCCAAGAAAGCCAAGGAGGCAACUGGUCGUGCACUUUUCGAGAGUGGCAACUGGCGUACAACAGAGGACGACGAGGAGGAAGAGGACGACGACGACGGAGUCUGGAACUUGGAGAAGCUGCGGGCCGAGACCGAGGCUCUUCGCAUCAGGAGGGAAGAGGAGCGUCUGCUGGCAAUCAACGGCGGCACGCUUCCGCCGGCGGAAUCGAACACGGCAGUUGCCGAGGCGUCCGGAUCCUGAAUUUGCUAACGAU